AUGCCAGGGUCAGUUGAACUGAGGAUUGUCCUGUUGGGAAAGACAGGAGCGGGGAAGAGCAGCACAGCCAACACCAUUCUGGGAAAGCUGGUCCUGACUUCGUGUCGUCCAAACUCUGAUUCAUAUAAAUGUGAGGCUGAAACAGCGACUGUUGAUGGGAGGAAAAUCACAGUGAUCGACACACCAGGGUUUUGUUGUACUGAGCGCUCUGAUGAAGCACUAAAACCUGAAAUAGCCAGAUGCAUCUUAGAGUGUGCUCCUGGACCUCAUGCCUUUGUCAUAGUGCUGUCUGUGACGAAGCAGACAGCGGAGGAAAAGAAAGUGGUGGAUGACAUUCUGAAAAUGUUUGGGGAGGAGGCUCUGAAGUACGCUGUUGUCUUGUUUACACACGGAGACCAGCUUGACGACUACGUGACCAUCCAGCAGUUUGUGUAUGAAAAUGACCACCUGAAAGAUCUUGUCCAUAAGUGCGGAGGCCGACUUCAUGUCAUCGAUAACAAAUACUGGAAGAAUCCUGCUGCUGGCCAUGAUGAUGUCAGAAGCAAUGCCGUUCAAAUCAAAAAGCUGCUGAACACGAUUGAUCAGAUGGUGACAGAGAACGGAGGAAAGCAAUACACCAACGAGAUGCUUCAAGCUGUGGAACAAGCCAUAAAAGAGGAAAUGGCAAAGGGAAAAACCAGAGAAGAGGCCAAACAGAGCAUAUGGCGAUGUUUGUUAAACCUGCUAGUAGGCACAACAGUAGGGUCUCUGUGUGGUGCAUUGCUGGGUCUUGUAAGACGUGUAGCUCAUAUUGUGCGAGCUCUUACAGCACAAACAAUUGAACCACCUUUCACUGUAGCAACCAACAUGCUGACCCAGGCAGCAGUAGAAACCACAGUACAGGCUGUAACAGCAUCACAGGUAUGGGUGGAAGUGGCAGAUGUAGUUGGAGCAGGAGCCCUUUUUGGUGUGGUUGUGGGGGUGGCAAUUGGGGCAGGAGCCAUGAUGGAAGCAGAGACCAUGAGUGAAGCCGCCAAGAGAGCGGCAGCUGCUGUUAAAGACAGAGCAGGAGCUACAGCAAAAUACAUUGAAAACAAAAUAGCCAAUGCUAUAUGGGGAAAAAAGCAUACAUAAAUUUGAACAAUUCUCAUUUCCAAUGUUACAGUGCUGUUUAUUACAGGAAAUGGCCAGGAUUCAAUCAACAUUUGUUCUCAACUAAAGAUUUAAAAAUUAAAGGCAAUAAUCACACCCACACCCCAUUCACAAACACACUUCCAGUUCAGCUAAAACUAGCUAAAUGUCAAUUAUGUAUCAACAUCGCUGAGAUUUCUUUCUUAAAAUGAAAGCCGUGUACUAGGGGUGUCCAGAGACAAUACUAUGCGUCUCUGAUCAACCAACAAAAUGAACUGUAUGCGUGUAAUCUUUCACACGAUUGUGCUCCUUGAUAUGGUCUAAUUGUAUUUGAUUAUCUGAAAGCCUAUUUUCUUUUGCUGAACUAAAAGAGUAACAAGGACAUCAUGUAAGUGGUGAUUAAAAUCAUAAAGUUGUCUGUAUUGUGAUCUUUGGAUAUUCUGUAGAAUGCUGUGACUGUUUUGUAAUGAUUUAUUAGUAAUCGAUUUGUUAGUUUCUCUCUUGUUUCUGCAGAGUGGUGAAGGCCCUAGCCAUCACCUCUAUUCUUCUGAUACAAAAUAUAUGAUGGUACAGUAAAAUACUCCUGCUAUUUUGAUCAUUCCUCUGAGUGGGGGCUUCUUUACACAUUUAUUGAACUAUGUAAUAAAUGUAUCUCUUAAUGUGUUGGGAAAUUAAAUAAAACAUGUUUUAUUGUGCAC